AUGUCCCAUCAACAAGAGGAUGAUGCUGAUUACAUGGCAAAUGAAUAUGAAAUGGAAGCUAUAGAUGAUGAUAUGGAUGAUGAGUUCCAUGGCAGAGAUAUUGAUGCUUCUGAUUCAGAUGCAGAUGAGUAUGACUACAUGAAUAAUAAAAUGCAAGAUACCUCUGCUGCUGAGGCAAGAAGAGGUAGAGAAAUUCAAGGGAUUCCCUGGGAAAGACUUAGCAUAACCAGGGAGAAAUACAGGCAAACAAGAUUAGAGCAAUAUAAGAACUAUGAAAAUGUUCCACAAUCUGGGGAGGCAUCAGAGAAGGACUGCAAAGCCACAAACAAAGAGGCUUCGUACUAUGACUUCAGACGUAAUUCAAGAUCUGUUAAAUCAACAAUUUUACACUUCCAGCUGAGGAACUUGGUGUGGGCAACCUCCAAGCAUGAUGUGUUUUCCAAGCACCUGCAAAAAUUUUGGUUGAUUGGCUGGGUAAGAGCAAUCCGUGCUGCAACUUGGUUUUGCCGCUGUCUUUGUUUUACUCGUGAAUACUCCAUGUACACUAGGAUCUCAAUGACUUUGUUUGAUUUGUUUCAGUCGGAUUUGUAA